AAUCCGUGUGGAAACAAACAGCUGAUAUCAGUUGGAGCUUAACCACGAGUAAACCAGUUUAAUUCAUCUGUCAGUAUAAUAAUGUUUUAGAGGUGUCGCUCUUUCGCUCUGACACUGUCACUGAUACUGUUUGCGGAAGGGAGAAUCAUUAACAUCACCUCUGGAUUAGCGUCACAGCUAAAGUUCUCCAAUAAGAUAAUGAACAUGUUGGGCUUGUUAACUCCACAAACUCGUAAUGUUAAAGUAUUUAUAGAAGUGUUUAGACCAACAACCCGACAUAGAUGUUCCUCAGCGAGCUGUCAGUCUGAUGAUUAUAUCCGCAAGUUUAUUUUAGAAAACACAGAGAUAGCUGGAAAGCAGAGUCUGACCCCACAAAUCAAACUAAGGCUGUUUACACCAAACUGCAGAUUUUGGAGAGAAAGACCGGAGCUCUGGCCUUUUGACGACCCUUACUGGGCCAUAUACUGGCCAGGAGGACAGGCACUCUCAAGGUUUCUCCUGGAUAACCCUGUGGUGUGUCGGGGUAAGACAGUUCUGGAUCUGGGCAGCGGCUGUGGAGCCUCAGCCAUCGCUGCGAAACUGAGUGGUGCUGCUCAUGUUGUUGCAAAUGACAUUGACACUGUUGCAGCCGUUGCCACCCACAUGAACUCUGAGCUGAACGGCCUGGCGCCGCCUGCUUGUCUGUCCAACAACAUGAUUGGUUCGCAGCCUGAGGGCUUCGACCUAAUCCUCUUGGGGGACAUGUUCUAUGAGGAGGCCCUCGCCACCAGCCUUCACAGCUGGCUGGACCGCUGCAUCAAAACCCAGGGCACCAAAGUCCUGAUCGGAGAUCCUGGAAGAGCCCAGUUCGAGGAACACAGCAUCCGACGCCUCCUGCAUCAGCUGGCUGAGUUUGAGCUUCCCAGAUCUGUCAGAGAGGAGAACUACGGUCUGACCUGCAGCAGUGUUUGGUGCUACCGUCCUGAACUCUGAGGACCGGAGAGGAUCUUCUGUGAUUAAUAUGCCACCUGUUCUAAACUGCCAGGACCGUGUGAGGUGUUAUGUGAUUACUUGUAGUAGUUUUAUACACUUAGGGUCACUUGAAGAUCUGUAUGACCUUCAGCAUUCACAUCUGAAAGAUUUUGAUGAUGUAGCAUUUCACUGGUGACUACAACUACAUUCUUGCGGAAUACUUUGACAUUCUGCAGGACAGACAAGCAGAAACUAAAACAACAAAUGGAGAGCCAAUCUCAUCAACUUUUACGACAAGGUUUUACGAUUAUAACACUUCUCUGAGACACUGGAAAGGGACCAGACCCGGAGACACAGUCUUGUCUCAUGAAAGAAUGGGUGCUGAUAGACGUUUCACACCUUCAGACCCCCAUUUCCCUGCUUUCUCCUUGUCCUUAUCUCCACAGUGCAAUGAAAGAGAAUCCUACUGACCUGCUUUGAUGACAUGGAUUUUACUGAAUUACUUUACAAGGAGAUAUAUGACCUUACAUUACAUUACAGUUCAUUUAGCUGACGCUUUUAUCCAAAAUGACUUACCAUAAGUGCAAUAAACAUAGAGAAUCAAACUCCGAACAACAAGGAAUAUACAAAUGCAUGUAUGGACAAACUAUACGCACCUAUAUAUGUAUAAGUGUUUGUCAUUUUAUAACAGGUUGAUUCAGUUAUGUUAUGGUUUAAUUCCUUUUUAAUUCAACUGACCAGGUUUUAUUCAGUGAUUGAUAUGAAGUGUUUGGUGCCGUUGUUUAGCUUACAUAAUUUCACUUUUAAAUAUUAAAUAAUAAACAAUGUGAGAAGCAACCAUAACUCUUAUCCUUUGAAACCGACAAAGAAUGAAAUCAGAAGUUUCUAAAGAUGGGAGGGACUUGUUAAUGCAAUCUAAGUUCAAUGUAUUGAAUUAUAUAAGCCAAGGUUAUUCAGAAAGUUUCUGAAGCAACAGGCCUAAAUAUACACACCAUAUGUUUGCAAUAACUCAAAUAUCUUUAAAAUAGUAUAUUUUGGGAAUAAGGCUGAAUCCUUAAGAGGAAAAAAGAUUGUAUGACUGGCCUGUCGCCUCCCAAGGUCAAAAGAUCGAGACCUAUGCAUCCAUUAAUAUGUUCACUGGGCAGCCUAACGCUUGAAACUUGGAAUGUGUGUGUGCGGGAAGUUUCCUAUAUAACCUGUUCGAUUCUUCACAUCCAUUGGGAGACAAUAUGCGUUUAACUGCUAGGAGCAACGUGGUGUUUUCACACAUUAUGCUUGUUAUGUAACAAUAUAAUAUUUAACCUCA